AUGAAUAACUUAAAUAUGCGAUAACAGAGGCUAAUGUAUUAAAGAAAUGUAUUCAUCCAUUUAUUUUAGAGUUACAUUAUGCUUUUUAGAAUGUUAUAUAUAGGGAUUUAAAACCAGAUAAUAUAUUAAUUGGAAACGAUGGGCAUAUUAAAUUAGCUGAUUUUGGACUUUCUAAAGAAAAUGUACAUGAUAUAUCAGUAACCAAAUCUUUUUGUGGAACACCGGCUUAUUUAUCACCGGAAAUGCUUGUUAACAAAGGAGUUACUAAAUGCUCUGAUUUGUACGGAAUUGGGGCAUUGUUAUAUGAAAUGUUGA